UCAUUGAAGUGCAGCUGCAGGCGAAUAAAAGUUUUUGUCAAAUUUUGAUUCUAUCCCUGCUCGCCAUCGAAAGUGUGGGUAUUUUAUAUUUGUCUGACUACAAUUUUAAUUCGCACGUCUAUAUCAAGGCCAAGUGUAUGCGAUUUUCAUUCGAUUCGGUGGUGGUAAUCGAUUAGUGCCUGUUUUCUUCUCUUGCUUCCGGGGUAACGAACGAGCAGCAGACAAAGGGGUGUGCAGAGGGAAUACAUCAGCAGCUUUGGAGAGGAGUCACCAGUUCGGGAUUCCCUCCGAUUGUGAUCUUCCCGAGAAGGGACAGGUAUGUCAUAAUUGGGAUUUAACUUUCCCAUCAGUGCGGAAGAUUAUAAAAUGAACUACGAUGUGCUACUGAAUCGGACGGGUUUCGGUCGUCUGACGAUCAGUCAACACAUCAGGAGUAUUUCCGAGAGUGAAGGUCAGCAGUCCUUUCGGCAACAGCAGCAGCAGCAACAGAAUGAAACUCCUGCUAGGAAGAUAUCGUCCCAAUCCGCUCGGCAGGAUGUUGGAUCCGGUGCGGGAAGUGUUCGCGGGACUCCUGUCCGAUCAGGUUGUGCGGGGGCGGGAAACAGCGGAGAAGAGCUGAAAGGCAAAGUAGAAACAAAGCUUAUGACCAUGUGGAACAAUGUCAAGUUUGGUUGGAGUGGUAAGCUGAAGACUAGCUUCUCGAAGGAACAACCUCUGUGGCUGCUGGGACGAUGUUACCAUCAGAGGCCACUGCAUGGUUCACCGCCGAUGGAAAAUUCAAUGGAGUUGGUGACUGCGACGGUUGAAACGAAUCAAAUGGUGUUCGAAAGCGUUCAACAGUUGCCAUCGGAAUUUUUUGGGGAAUCGCCUCCGGCAGAGACGGGAACAGAUGCAAUUGAAGAAAGCAGCCCGGAAGUCGAGAUGGAAGACAUUGAGGCAUUCAAGCGGGAUUUCAUAACGCGGCUUUGGAUGACGUACAGGAAAGAGUUCCAGACGAUGGACGACUCGAAUUACACGUCCGAUUGUGGGUGGGGUUGUAUGAUUCGGUCGGGGCAAAUGCUGCUGGCCCAAGGACUGUUGAUUAAUUUUCUUGGUCGCAAUUGGCGCUGGGAUGCAUCGGCUGAGAGUUUAAAGUUGAAUUACAAUUCGUUAAGCUACCAGGACACUAUCCACCGGAGGAUCAUUCGCUGGUUUGGGGAUACUUCUUCGAGGACCAGUCCGUUCUCGAUUCACACAUUGGUUGCACUUGGAAAAGCGUCUGGAAAGAAGCCUGGCGAUUGGUAUGGUCCCGGUUCGGUAGCACAUUUGCUUAGACAAGCGGUCAAACUGGCGGCUCAGGAGAUAUCCGAUCUCGACGGGAUUAACGUGUAUGUCGCUCAGGAUUGUGCAGUUUACAUUCAGGACAUAAUUGACGAGUGUACAGUGUCCACUGCGCCAACCGUUGCCCCGUGGCAGAAGAAGCUGACCUCUGCCAGUAAUUCACCUUCUUCAUCAUCGUCACCUGGUACGAGUACAGCUACCAGCACCACAAACGCCACUGCUGGACCUUCAAGCGCCUCUACCACUUCUGCCUCCGGAGAAUCUAGCCACUGGAAGUCGUUGAUCCUUUUAGUACCAUUACGACUAGGAACGGAAAAGCUAAAUCCGAUCUACAGCGAUUGCCUGAAAGCAAUGCUCAGUUUGGAAAAUUGCAUUGGAAUAAUCGGCGGUCGUCCAAAGCACUCGUUAUACUUUGUUGGAUUUCAAGAGGACAAACUAAUCCACUUGGAUCCGCAUUACUGCCAGGACAUGGUGGACGUGAACCAGGAGAGUUUUCUCGUUUCCUCAUUCCACUGCAAAUCGCCACGGAAGAUGAAACUUAACAAAAUGGACCCGAGCUGUUGCAUUGGGUUCUACUGUGAAACAAGAGAAGACUUUUUCAAAUUCGUCGACAACGUCAAACCGUUCCUCCAACCGGCCAAGCAACAGAUGAGCAACAGUUUCACCAGCUCGACCGGUGUGACACAGUUUCCCGAGGUAACCUAUCCGAUGUUUGUGUUCUGUCGGGGCAAAAGUAGCGAACAGCAGAUGGAACUUCCGCCACGACCCAUCUAUAGAACGCCACCGGCUCCGCCGCCUCUCACGGCACAAGGGCCCGAUGGCAUCUCGCAAUCCCAUCAGCAACUGCCGCAGCCUGAUGACGAUGACGACGAUGACGAAGACGAGGCAAUGGAGUUUGUGAUUUUGUAGAAUUCUCGUCAUUGUGUGAGGUAGCAGGUAAGCUGGACCAUUCGCGCCAAUGAUUAAUUUUUGCAGCACAUUCCGACACCUCCCCAUAGCACCAAACAGUUAUGCUAACUUUGAUUUAUUACCCCCAAACCUCGAGAGAUACCUGCUGACACAUAUGAACUAUCCGGAAUAAAAUAGCGGUAGAAUGUACUUAUAGCGAUUGAUCAUAUAUAGGAAGAUUAUACAUUAUAGGUACAUAUUAAUCAAUCAUCAACAGAAAGUUUACAUUGACGACGUGUGUCUUUGUUUGAAAAAUAUUCGCGCUCGAGAUAAGCUUGAUUUUCGACUAAGCAGUAACAAAGCUCCACUGCUAAAUCUUUGGCUAGUUUUUUUUUUUUUAAAUAUACAUUAGAUGUGCGUAUUAUUAAAAUUUAUUUUGACAAAUUUUAUUUAUUUUUUUUACAUUAUUUAUGACGUAUGUUUGCUGUACACUGCACCAAAUUAAAGUUACUAUGAAAAAAGCUUGCUCAUUUCAGUUAUAAAGACUUACAUAAUUAUUAAAGCCAUAUCUACUGAACAAACAUUUGAAGUUGAAUAAGUUCAUUUAAGUUUUUAUCUAACUUCAAAAUGUUUGUUAGCGCCGCGGUUCGUCUAAUGCAAUCGAAAAAGAAUAGCUAUUCACGCAUUAGUAAAAUAUCCCAUCAAAUGUUAUAAACCGUGACUGUAACAAUAUAUGAAUACAAAU